AAAAAGACAGGUUAGCCUGCAGAGCAAAAGUAAUAAACUGGAUCUUGUCUACUGAGGAAGCGGUGAGGAGAUAGGGAACCAGCAAUUCGUUAGUCUUCACUCGUAACGUGUGAGCAAUAUAAUAUCCCAAGCUAGCUGCAGAAUGUCUCGUAUUCCCACCAAGAUACCAUUUCUCCCAUACUUACUACUCAUUCCAUUGGCAUUGCUCUCAGUUGUAUAUGGAGAAAUAAUAGUACCUCCCCAGUCACUCAAUACUACAGUUGGUAGUAAUGCCCCAUUCACUUGUGUGGCCUCUAAUACACUAGUUCUUGGAUGGACUAUCAAUGGGCUGCCAGCUAUAACAUAUAAUGCAGUACCUAAUGACACUCAUAACUCAUUGGAGUAUACUUCACUGCUGACAGUUAAUGCUACUGAAACACUAAACGGAUCCAUCAUAACCUGCCUUGCUAUUUCUUAUACACACAAGACCACCAAUGUCUCAGCUAUACUUCUAGUACAAGGUCUAUUAGAACCAGUUCACAAUCUAACUGUAUUACGUACAAAUUCAUCAUUUAUAAAUAUCUCAUUUAUAUCUCCACACACCCUGCUUAAUGUCCCCAUCACCAGUUAUCACUUACAAUUGAAUGGUGUAUAUACUAACACUACAGAGACAUACGUACUAUCCAAUACAACCCUAUCAUCAUUAAUAUCACUGCCUUUUCAGUGUGAGUUGUAUAGAGUCAGUGUCACUGCUCAAAAUGGAGCUGGGUAUAGCAACAAUGCAACUAGAAGCAUUAACAUUAUUGAAGUUCCACAUAUAAAAGCUGAUAGUGUUCAGUUAUUCAUUUAUAAAUCAUCAGUUGAUUCUUUGCCUCAAGUUAACAUCAGUUUUAAGAUUAUUCAACCUAACUGUGCUUCAUGGCUACCUCAUCAUGUUAAAAUAAACACUGGAUACCACACCCACUCAUUUGGACCACUUCCACUCAAAAAUGGAUUUGUAGAGCUAGUUUUGCUCAAUUUGACUGAAAACAGGUUUUAUCAACUCGUUAUGUGGGACGAGAAUGGAGGUGGAGUCAGUAAUACUGCUAACGCAACAAUAAGUAGUUUUGGGGUGCAAAAUGUUAGCGUUAAUUCCCCCCAAAAGGGGGUCCUGUGCAUAUCUUGUUCCUUUAUGAAGGGUUCCAGUGAUGUUGGUUGCUAUGCUGAACUGUCACACACAGUACAUACCACUGGUUACACUGCUGUUCACAUUAACCGAGGGAAAGGGGAGGAGUCAGUUAGUGGGUGUGUCACUAAACUAGAAGAGGGUCUGUACAACAUUGCAGUAUAUGAUGUAGAGACAAAUGGAGAAAGAGGAAACGCUGCUGUUACCCUAUCCAAUAUUAUAAUUAAUAAUAAUGAUGAUGAUGAUGAUGAUAAUAAUGCAGUUACUGCUACAGUGCAAUCUCUGCUACCUUCUCCUACAGUGAGUGACUCUGUUAGUAGUCCAUCAGUAUCAGGUCCUACAACUACUGGUGAAGUAUCUGGAGACACAUUCUCUAUUCAGCCAUUUAGAGAUGCUGCUAUAGGAAUAGGAAUCUUAUUAAUAUUAAUGAUAAUCAUAUUAUCAAUAUUAAUAAUCUAUCAAUUGAGAAGGAAUAGACAAAGGAAGGUGUGGGAGACAGAGAGGGAUCAUGGAACAAUGAGGAGAUCAAACUCAUUCCAACCUCAACCUACCAAUGAGUAUGAGUGUAGACCAGUCAAUGAAUUGGAACGUGAAGUUACUCCUUCAACUGUCACUAGUGACGAGACCUCUCCAUCGUUCGCUCCUCCUCCUGCUCCUCCUCCUUCAUCUCUCAAUACAUCAUCACCAUCAACAGUAACUACAGACCUACCUUCACCAGAUUCACAAUCAGACACUGGGUUAAUAUUGAGAGAUAAUAGUAAUUCAUCAGUACAACCACAGACUACAAGAUCCUCAUUGAGACCUACACCAGUAUUGUCAGCAUGGGCUGCAGUGAAUCAGUUAGCAUCAUUACCUGUAGCUGAUGAAUUAUCACCUCCACCAUCCUAUGAGUCAGCACUCAAUAUAGCAACUGAGCCAUUUGAUAGACCACAGAGUGUCAUAAUACCUUCAAGGCUAAACGUUUCAUCAGAAGCUACUCCACCUCUUUCAGCAAGACCAAUUGAUGGUAGUGAAUAUGCUCAGUUGGACUUCCCUUCCUCCCCUCUUCCUCCUCCUCCUCUUUAUAAUGAUGAGAAUUGCUGGUAUAAUCCUCGACCUGUUGUUACUAUGAUUAAUAGCCCACCAGUUAUCAAUGGAGUACAAUAUUCAACAGUAUAUACAACUAAUAAUCUAAGAACUGGUUUUAAUAGAAUAACACUCAAUCAUUCACUUGUGUAAUAAUAAUAAAAGUAUUGUAUAAUGAUCGAUGUUGUGGUGUAUACACACAUAUUGCAACCUUUAUAAUUAUCAUUAUAAUUAUUAGCUUGUGUUUCUUGUUAUCCUCAA